CAGGGCAAGGCGGGCAAUGCCGCUCAAUACAUAACGCGUACGCAAGCAGUCCGAAAGCUUCAACUGCGGUUAUCAGAGUUCAGGCGCUUGUGCAUCUUAAAGGGCGUUCACCCCCGCGAGCCUAAAAAGAAACCAAAGGGAGCUAACAAGACCUAUUACCAUGCAAAGGACAUUAACUGGCUUGCUCAUGAGCCGCUCCUUAACACUUUCAGGAAUAUUAAGGCCCAUGAGAAGAAAGUGCGCAAGGCGCGCGCCAAGCAAAAUGCGGACUUAGCGAAGCGUCUUAUGCAUCUGAAACCCACGUACCGACUAGAUCAUCUGGUGAAGGAAAGGUAUCCAUCUUUCGUGGAUGCGCUUCGAGAUCUGGACGAUGCCCUUACCAUGGUGCACUUGUUCGCAACCCUGCCCGCCGAGAGCAAGUACGACAUCCCACCCAAGGCAGUUCACACGUCACGCCGCUUGGCCCUGGAGUGGCAAGCGUAUAUUGUCCGCAGCGGUUCCCUUCGGCGCGUCUUCGUCAGCGUCAAGGGUUACUAUUUCCAGGCGGAGGUGCUGGGGCAGAGCGUCACCUGGCUGGUGCCGCAUGCGCUGUCGCAGGUAUUGCCUACGGACGUGGACUACAAGGUGAUGCUCACCUUCUUGGAGUUUUACAAUACAUUGCUGCAGUUCGUCAAUUUCAAGCUCUACCACGUCCUUGGGCUGCGCUACCCACCUCUCCUGGAUCCCCGGCUGGAGGAGGCAGCUGCGGAGCUGGCCGGAAUCAUGAAGGCUAAAGCUGCGACGGAAGCCAAUGGCGACGCUGCACCUGCGGUCGAUGACGCCAAGAUGCGCGCGCGCAUUGAGAGCCUUCAGUCGCGGUUGCGGGAAAUUGUCGGAGUGGAGGAGAAGGACGAAGGCGAGGAAGGCGCGGAGCCCGAAGACAAGGAUGAGGAGGACAGCGAGGCAGACGACGAUGGCGAUGACGCGCCGGUCCUCGACUCGGGCACUCUGGGUCCUUCUGUGGACCCCAAUGAUGAGGGGUCCGUGUGCCGGAACCUGUUCCGCGGACUGGUGUUCUUCCUUGGCCGAGAAGUGCCCCGCGAACCGCUCAUGCUUAUCAUCCGGUCAUUCGGUGGCGUAGCGGCUUGGGACGGGGAAGGGUCGCCCCACAGCGAGAUGAGCGAGGAGGUGACACAUCAGGUUGUUGACCGACCUCGCCAGGGCCACCGGUUCCUGUCUCGGGAGUAUGUCCAGCCGCAGUGGGUGUUUGACAGUGCAAACUUCCGAGUACUAAUGGCAACAGACUUGUACGCGCCAGGGCUGGUGCCACCACCUCACUUGUCGCCGUUUGUGGGGGAGGGCGACGACGAUGGUUAUACACCGGAUUUUGCUAAGACAGUGCGGAGGCUGCAGGUAAGAGCUGUUUCUGGGUGA